UUGGCCACCCGACCAGCUGAUCUGUGUUGUCGGCGUUAAUCUGUUAAUUAGGUCUGCUGUUCUGUACUGGUAGAGCAGGGUGUCCAGUAGCAUGCAAAAUAUGUUGACCCUCAUCUCGAACGUGUUCCGACUGGGCAACGCCAGCAAGAAUGUGGGAGCCCAAACAGUGUCAGAGGGGGCGAGGAUGGUGGCUUCCACACGCUCCUUUGCUGACUUCACCCCACAGGCCAGCUUUGACGUCAAGAAGUGUGAGCUGCACCGUCUGGACGAGGGCCCCUCUGAGACAGCGGUGUUGACCAGAGAACAGGGCCUCCAGUACUACAGAAUCAUGCAGACCAUGAGACGCAUGGAGCUGAAGGCUGACCAGCUGUACAAGCAGAAGAUCAUCAGAGGCUUCUGCCACCUCUACGACGGACAGGAGGCGUGUGCGAUGGGCAUCGAGGCGGGCAUCAACCCAACAGACCACCUGAUCACGGCGUACCGCGCCCAUGGCUACACCUUCACAAGGGGCGUGUCUGUAAGAGAGAUCUUGGCUGAACUCACAGGUCGUAGAGGGGGUGUGGCCAAGGGUAAAGGUGGUUCUAUGCACAUGUAUGCUAAACACUUUUAUGGAGGGAACGGAAUCGUGGGGGCUCAGGUUCCAUUAGGGGCAGGUGUGGCACUAGCCUGUCAGUACCAAGGCAACAACCAGGUGUGCGUGGCGCUGUACGGAGACGGAGCAGCCAACCAGGGCCAGAUCUUUGAGUCGUUCAACAUGGCGGCUCUGUGGAAGCUGCCGUGUAUCUUCAUCUGUGAGAACAACAAGUUUGGCAUGGGGACGUCUGUAGAGAGAUCUUCCGCGAGCACUGACUACUUCAAGAGAGGAGACUAUAUACCUGGAAUCAAGGUGGAUGGCAUGGACGUCCUGUGUGUGAGGGAGGCCAUCAAGUUUGCUGCAGACUACUGCAGAGCUGGGAAGGGUCCUAUUGUGAUGGAGCUGGAGACCUACCGUUACCAUGGACACAGCAUGAGCGACCCCGGGGUUAGCUACCGUUCACGUGAGGAAAUCCAGGAAGUGCGCAGUAAGAGUGACCCCAUAACCAUGCUGAAGGAGCGUAUGCUGUCCAACAACAUGGCUUCUGUGGAGGAGAUCAAGGAGAUAGAUGUAGAGAUCAGGAAAGUGAUCGAGGAUGCGGCCCAGUUUGCGAUCUCUGACCCUGAGCCGCCAUUGGACGAGCUCUGCAACCACAUCUUCGCCAACAAUCCACCCAUGGAGGUCCGUGGGACCAACCCCUGGGUCAAACUGAAGUCUGUCAGUUAGACACACACAUGGACCAAACUACUGUACAGUCUAUCAGCUGCACAUCCCUUUCUACCCUCUGCAACCAACCCCUGGGUGAAAGUCUACUCCUCCGGCUCCCUUCUCUUAUUCCCUCAUGAAUUGUCUCUAAAUGCACUAUAUGAAAGAAUGUCAUGACCCUGUAGGUCGGAGUUCAGUCUGUAGCAGCAAUCCAAACCAGUCUGGCACCUCUGACACUGACGUCACUGGUAUUUAUUGACACUGUAUUGAGUAUAUUAUGUAGUUUUAUAUUUAUGUAUUCUCCUGACACUGAGGGACCACCUGUCUGUAGAUUGGAGGUGUAUGGCUUAGGGCAGGCUUUUGUUCCAGCCUAGCACUAACACACCUGACUCCAUCAGUCAUCAAGACAUUGAUUAGCUGGAUCUGGUGUGUUCACGCUGGUACUUACUAAGCUUGCACACCCUCUAACUCUCCAGUACCAGGGUUGGCUACCCCUGGAUAAGGGAGUGUGUGUGGGGAUGGUUCUAGGUUAAACCAAGUUCAUCUCCCUGUAAGGUUUCAGACUGUUAGUAUGUAUUACCUCUGACCCAGAUGUUAUUGUAGCACCGUAGCACUUUGACUAGAUAGAUAAACUAAUGAGAUAUCAUACUGCAAGUCAUUAUUGUCAUCAUAGAAAAAGGGACCAUCAAUGGUGGUCUAUUUCUUGCUCUUCCUCUCCUUCUUUAACUUCCUCCCAGGCAUCAGUCUAUCCUUCUUUCCGUGAGCAGCGGAUACUGGUCAAAGCACUAACAGAAGAACUGAAAAACUGAACGAUUGUUGUACAGUUUGUUGUGAUUUGACUGAAGCAAUAAAAUUGGCAGAGACUGUGA